AUGUUGUCAGUGGUAACAGACUGCGGCUCUGACUUCUCGACUAAACCAGUGGUAACAGACUGCGGCUCUGACUUCUCGACUAAACCAGUGGUAACAGACUGCGGCUCUGACUUCUCGACUAAACCAGUGGUAACAGACUGCGGCUCUGACUUCUCGACUAAACCAGUGGUAACAGACUGCGGCUCUGACUUCUCGACUAAACCCGUGGUAACAGACUGCGGCUCUGACUUCUUGACUAAACCAGUGGUAACAGACUGCGGCUCUGACUUCUUGACUAAACCAGUGGUAACAGACUGCGGCUCUGACUUCUUGACUAAACCAGUGGUAACAGACUGCGGCUCUGACUUCUUGACUAAACCAGUGGUAACAGACUGCGGCUCUGACUUCUUGACUAAACCAGUGGUAACAGACUGCGGCUCUGACUUCUUGACUAAACCAGUGGUAACAGACUGCGGCUCUGACUUCUUGACUAAACCAGUGGUAACAGACUGCGGCUCUGACUUCUUGACUAAACCAGUGACUGCGGCUCUGACUUCUCGAAGAACAGACUGCCGCUCUGACUUCUUGACUAAACCAGUGGUAACAGACUGCGGCUCUGACUUCUUGACUAAACCAGUGGUAACAGACUGCGGCUCUGACUUCUUGACUAAACCAGUGGUAACAGACUGCGGCUCUGACUUCUUAACUAAACCAGUGGUAACAGACUGCGGCUCUGACUUCUUGACUAAACCAGUGGUAACAGACUGCGGCUCUGACUUCUCGACUAAACCUGUGGUAACAGACUGCGGCUCUGACUUCUUGACUAAACCAGUGGUAACAGACUGCGGCUCUGACUUCUUGACUAAACCAGUGGUAACAGACUGCGGCUCUGACUUCUCGACUAAACCUGUGGUAACAGACUGCGGCAAUGACUUCUCGACUAAACCUGUGGUAACAGACUGCGGCUCUGACUUCUUGACUAAACCAGUGGUAACAGACUGCGGCUCUGACUUCUCGACUAAACCAGUGGUAACAGACUGCGGCUCUGACUUCUCGGCUUCCACGAAAUGUUUAGUGUAUGCAGGAAUAUUAUUUACUAGCUUGCCUUGUAAGAGAAAAACAAACUUUUUGAAACGCAAGCCUACAGAAAAGAUGCACAAAUUUACAAAAUCACAGAUAGUCGUUCUCUAG